ACAAAUUUGUUUACGAUAUAGUCUAGAUUUGUUAAAAUAGAUCACGAAUAGCUAGAAUUAAUAUGGAAACUAACGUGGAUACAACUCCUGCUCUCGCCUCCGAAACACCUGCUACAGCGGUUUCUCCUAGUCGGAAUCAACUGUAUUCAAAAGAGUUUAAAAUUGUCGGGGUUACCCAGAUUAUGGUUGGAACACUUUCUAUUAUGACAUGGAUAUACGCCCUCACACUUGCGGUCAGCACAAGAACGACUGAUGUUUUUGUUUAUAUAUCAGCUGGUAUCUGGGCAGGAAUAUUUUUCUUGAUUGCUGGAAUACUUGCCGUCGUCUCGUCGGUAAAACCAAACAACCGAAAUGUUGGUGCUGGGAUAGCGAUGGCAUUGUUUGCCGCAAUAUUUGCAACGGCUAUGUUUGGAAUAGAAGCUGCUGGGAUUGGAACCAUUUCCAACUUUUCAUCUAUACCGAUGCCUUAUGCAGUUUAUUCCCCAACAGGACCAUGCACCCCUUUCUACAAACCAUCUUACUACAAGAGUGGCACAUAUAUACCAUCAUGUAGAAGCCCAUACAGAUCCCCAAGAUACAUUUCAUCAGUGUACAUUUCAAGCACAUACUUAUCUUGCCCAUCUAGGUACACCUCGUACAACACUAGAUACUACAACUACCUACUACACCAGUCGCGCAUGACCACAAUUGAGUCCCUAUAUGUAAGUACAUACAUAUAUAUAGUGUAAUUUAUCUUAAAAACU